GCCUGUGCGGUGGGAUUUCCCGGCCGGUGUUUCCGGCCCUUUAAGAGGCGACGCCGGAGCCGGAGCCAUUUUCCCCCCUUCGGCCGCGGCGAGGAGGAGCCGGAGCGGGAGUGACACCGGGCCGGACCCAGCGCGACCUGCGGCGGCUCCGGGUGACUCGGGCCAGUGUCGAGGGCCCCAGGCCGCAGGCAGGAGCAGCUGGGCCAAUUCCCUGGCCUGGAGCGGAAGAGGAUGGCGUCGGGCCUGGGCUCCCCGUCCCGCUGCUCCGCGGGCAGCGAGGAGGACGACAUGGAUGCACCUUUGAACAACAGUCUGCCCCCACCCCACCCAGAAAACGAAGAAGACCCGGAAGAGGACUUGUCAGAAGCAGAGACUCCAAAGCUCAAGAAGAAGAAAAAGCCUAAGAAACCUCGGGACCCUAAAAUCCCUAAGAGCAAGCGCCAAAAAAAGGAGCUGGGGGACAGCUCUGGGGAGGGGCCGGACUUUGUGGAGGAGGAGGAAGAGGUGGCCCUGCGCUCAGACAGCGAAGGCAGCGACUACACCCCUGGGAAGAAGAAAAAGAAGCAGCUGGGCCCUAACAAGGAGAAGAAGAGUAAAUCCAAGCGGAAAGAGGAGGAGGAGGAGGACGAGGACGACGACGACUCGAAGGAGCCUAAGUCAUCCGCUCAGCUCCUGGAAGACUGGGGCAUGGAAGACAUUGACCACGUGUUCUCUGAGGAGGAUUAUCGCACCCUCACCAACUACAAGGCCUUCAGCCAGUUUGUUCGGCCCCUCAUUGCUGCCAAAAACCCCAAGAUCGCCGUCUCCAAGAUGAUGAUGGUUUUGGGUGCAAAGUGGCGGGAGUUCAGCACCAACAACCCCUUCAAAGGCAGUUCUGGGGCUUCUGUGGCAGCGGCGGCAGCAGCGGCAGUGGCCGUGGUUGAGAGCAUGGUGACGGCCACUGAAGUGGCACCGCCUCCGCCCCCUGUGGCGGUCCCGAUCCGCAAGGCCAAGAGCAAGGAGGGCAAAGGUCCCAAUGCUCGGAGGAAGCCCAAGGGCAGCCCUCGUGUUCCCGGUGCCAAGAAGCCUAAACCCAAGAAAGUAGCUCCCCUGAAAAUCAAACUGGGAGGUUUUGGUUCUAAGCGGAAGAGAUCCUCGAGUGAUGACGACUUAGAUGUGGAGUCUGACUUCGAUGACGCCAGUAUCAGUAGCUAUUCUGUUUCUGAUGGUUCUACCAGUCGCAGUAGCCGCAGCCGCAAGAAACUGCGUACCACAAAGAAGAAAAAGAAAGACCACCAGGACUAUUGUGAGGUGUGCCAGCAAGGCGGAGAGAUCAUCCUGUGUGACACGUGUCCCCGCGCGUACCACAUGGUCUGCCUGGACCCAGACAUGGAGAAGGCGCCUGAGGGCAAGUGGAGCUGCCCACACUGUGAGAAGGAAGGCAUCCAGUGGGAGGCAAAGGAGGACAAUUCAGAGGGUGAGGAGAUCCUCGAGGAGGUUGGGGGAGACCCCGAGGAAGAGGAUGAUCACCACAUGGAGUUCUGUCGGGUCUGCAAGGAUGGCGGGGAGCUGCUCUGCUGUGACACCUGUCCUUCCUCCUACCACAUCCACUGCCUAAACCCCCCCCCCCAAGAGAUCCCCAACGGCGAAUGGCUGUGUCCCCGCUGCACGUGUCCAGCUCUUAAGGGCAAAGUUCAGAAGAUCCUAAUCUGGAAGUGGGGUCAGCCACCAUCUCCCACGCCAGUGCCUCGGCCCCCAGAUGCUGAUCCCAACACUCCGUCCCCCAAGCCCUUGGAGGGGCGGCCAGAGCGGCAGUUCUUCGUCAAGUGGCAAGGGAUGUCAUACUGGCACUGCUCCUGGGUGUCUGAGCUGCAGUUGGAGCUGCACUGUCAAGUGAUGUUCCGAAACUAUCAGCGGAAGAAUGACAUGGAUGAACCACCCUCUGGGGACUUCGGUGGUGACGAGGAGAAGAGCCGGAAGCGGAAGAAUAAGGACCCUAAAUUCGCUGAGAUGGAGGAGCGCUUCUAUCGCUAUGGGAUAAAGCCUGAGUGGAUGAUGAUCCACCGAAUUCUCAACCACAGCGUGGACAAGAAGGGCCACGUUCACUACUUGACCAAGUGGCGGGACCUACCCUAUGACCAGGCAUCCUGGGAGAGUGAGGAUGUGGAGAUUCAGGACUAUGACCUGUUCAAGCAGAGCUACUGGAAUCACAGGGAGUUGAUGAGGGGUGAGGAGGGACGACCAGGCAAGAAGCUCAAGAAGGUGAAGCUGAGGAAGUUGGAGAGGCCCCCUGAAACGCCAACGGUUGACCCGACAGUGAAGUACGAGCGCCAGCCAGAGUACCUGGAUGCUACAGGUGGGACCCUGCACCCCUAUCAGAUGGAGGGCCUGAACUGGCUGCGCUUCUCCUGGGCUCAGGGCACUGACACCAUCUUGGCUGACGAGAUGGGCCUUGGGAAGACGGUGCAGACGGCAGUCUUCCUGUAUUCUCUCUACAAGGAGGGUCAUUCCAAAGGCCCCUUCCUAGUGAGCGCCCCUCUUUCCACCAUCAUCAACUGGGAACGGGAGUUUGAAAUGUGGGCUCCAGAUAUGUACGUGGUGACCUACGUGGGUGACAAAGACAGCCGUGCUAUCAUCCGAGAGAACGAGUUUUCCUUUGAGGACAAUGCCAUUCGUGGUGGCAAGAAGGCUUCCCGCAUGAAGAAAGAGGCAUCUGUGAAGUUUCACGUGUUGCUGACAUCCUAUGAGUUGAUCACCAUUGACAUGGCCAUCUUGGGCUCUAUUGACUGGGCCUGCCUCAUCGUGGAUGAAGCCCAUCGGCUCAAGAAUAAUCAGUCUAAGUUUUUCCGGGUUUUAAACGGCUACUCGCUCCAGCACAAGCUGUUGCUGACAGGGACUCCACUGCAGAAUAAUCUAGAAGAGUUGUUCCACCUGCUUAACUUCCUCACCCCUGAGAGGUUCCACAAUUUGGAAGGCUUCCUGGAGGAGUUUGCAGACAUAGCCAAGGAGGACCAGAUUAAAAAGCUGCACGACAUGCUGGGCCCUCACAUGUUGCGGCGGCUCAAGGCUGACGUGUUCAAGAACAUGCCGUCCAAGACAGAGCUGAUCGUGCGUGUGGAGCUGAGCCCCAUGCAGAAGAAAUACUACAAGUACAUCCUCACUCGGAAUUUUGAAGCGCUCAAUGCUCGAGGGGGCGGCAACCAGGUCUCUCUGCUAAACGUGGUGAUGGAUCUUAAGAAAUGCUGCAACCACCCAUAUCUCUUCCCCGUGGCCGCCAUGGAAGCCCCUAAGAUGCCUAAUGGCAUGUAUGACGGCAGUGCCCUCAUCAGAGCAUCCGGGAAAUUAUUGCUGCUUCAGAAGAUGCUCAAGAACCUCAAGGAGGGUGGGCACCGUGUCCUCAUCUUCUCCCAGAUGACCAAGAUGCUGGACUUGCUAGAGGACUUCCUGGAACACGAAGGUUAUAAAUAUGAACGUAUUGAUGGGGGAAUCACUGGGAACAUGCGGCAGGAGGCCAUUGACCGCUUCAAUGCACCGGGUGCUCAGCAGUUUUGCUUCCUGCUUUCCACUCGAGCUGGGGGUCUUGGAAUCAAUCUGGCCACUGCUGACACAGUUAUUAUCUACGACUCUGAUUGGAACCCCCAUAAUGACAUCCAGGCCUUUAGCAGAGCUCACCGUAUUGGGCAAAAUAAGAAGGUGAUGAUUUAUCGGUUUGUGACCCGUGCAUCUGUGGAAGAGCGCAUCACACAGGUGGCCAAGAAAAAGAUGAUGCUGACGCAUCUAGUUGUUCAGCCUGGGCUGGGCUCCAAGACCGGAUCCAUGUCCAAACAGGAGCUUGAUGAUAUCCUCAAGUUUGGCACUGAGGAGCUAUUCAAAGAUGAGGCCACAGAUGGAGGAGGAGACAACAAAGAGGGAGAAGACAGCAGUGUCAUCCACUAUGACGAUAAAGCCAUUGAACGACUGCUGGACCGGAAUCAGGAUGAGACUGAAGACACGGAGCUACAGGGCAUGAAUGAAUAUUUGAGCUCAUUCAAAGUGGCCCAGUAUGUGGUGCGAGAAGAAGAAAUGGGGGAGGAAGAGGAGGUGGAACGGGAGAUCAUAAAACAGGAAGAAAGUGUGGAUCCCGACUACUGGGAGAAAUUGCUGCGGCACCAUUAUGAGCAGCAGCAAGAAGAUCUGGCCCGAAACCUGGGCAAAGGAAAAAGAAUUCGUAAACAGGUCAACUACAAUGAUGGCUCGCAGGAGGACCGAGAUUGGCAGGACGACCAGUCCGACAACCAGUCCGAUUAUUCGGUGGCCUCAGAGGAAGGUGAUGAAGACUUUGACGAACGUUCAGAAGCUCCCCGCAGGCCCAGUCGCAAGGGCCUGCGGAAUGAUAAAGAUAAGCCAUUGCCUCCUCUGUUGGCCCGUGUUGGUGGGAAUAUUGAAGUUCUUGGUUUUAAUGCUCAUCAGCGAAAAGCCUUUCUUAAUGCAAUUAUGCGCUAUGGGAUGCCCCCUCAGGAUGCUUUCACCACGCAGUGGCUCGUGAGGGAUCUGCGAGGCAAAUCAGAGAAGGAGUUCAAGGCUUAUGUCUCGCUUUUUAUGCGGCAUUUAUGUGAGCCGGGAGCAGAUGGGGCUGAGACCUUUGCUGAUGGCGUCCCCCGAGAAGGCCUGUCUCGCCAGCAUGUCCUUACUCGGAUUGGUGUUAUGUCCUUGAUUCGCAAGAAGGUUCAGGAGUUUGAACAUGUUAAUGUUUUCUCCUUUGGGGUAUUCACAGCGGGCCGGGCCCCUGGGCGAGACACAGCUACCUCUGUUGGCAUCUUUUUAAUACCAGGAACCCAGUGGCUCCAGCCCCUGAGCGGCUAGAAUGAAAUAAAGUGGAAAAAAAAAAAAAAAAAGGAAAAGAACCAAAAGCAUAAAAAAAAAAAAAAAAGCAGAUUUCUUGAUGAAAACUGAAAAUAAAAGUUUCCUUGUAUUU